ACUUGCUCAAAGCUACUUUCAUCCACGGUUACAUCUCUCAUGGCACGUCUUUCUUUCCUCGCUCUUCUGGCCGCUGUAUCUGCCGGAUUUGCUGCUGCAGGCCCUGCUCAGGAGACGCUUCAAACGUCCCUCAAGAGCGAUAAGUGGAGAUACGAAGACUGUGGCGACUCUUCCUAUCCUGUUCACAUCAAAUCUAUCGAAAUUUCUCCGGACCCACCCGUUCCUGGACAAAAUCUCACUGUCAAGGUUGUUGGCCAGACAGAUACGGUUGUAGAAGACGGCGCGUACGCAGAUGUGACCGUGAAAGUCGGUCCCAUUAAAUUGCUCGAUAAGGAGUUCGACCUUUGUGAAGAGGCUCGCAAGGCUGAGUCUGACAUCUCAUGUCCUGUGGAAAAAGGAGAACACACUGUCGUCCAGACUGUUGCUCUUCCUCGGGAAAUUCCGCAUGCGCCCUUCAUAGUCAACGUCCGUGGCUACUCCGUUGUAGACGAGCCCAUGGUCUGCCUCAAUAUUUGGAUCGACUUCAGGACUCCCAAGAACAAGCUGUGGUGAAAGGACGGCGUCCAACCUUCUGGACGGAUUUUCUUUGCAAUGCAUCAUGAUUUACGACAUCCCUUCUAUUCUUCCUCUUGUCUGCUCAGUGUUCGAAUACGCUCAGUACUUCUUUGUCUAACGCUUUAGUUUGUAACCUUUUGUCCCUGAGACGCCGGUGGCGCACGAGUCUCGCGAUAUAACGGAUAUCUUUUGGG